AUGAAUGUCGUCGGAAUAAAGAGAGCCUUGGCACCUGGACUGAGGUUACCAAUCACUCGUAUUCCCAUCUACCGUACUUCGAUUGUUCUGCGUAUCACACCCAUUACGGCGUAUUCAACGAAGACGGCUCCCCCUCCUCCCCCUCCCCCGGCCCACGACAAAGAUGCGAAGGGCAAAAAGAUUCUCAAUUACAUGCUGAGGGCAUUCACUUGGUCGGCGUCAUCAGUCAUUGUACUUGGUGGCGUAGCGAUUUCAGCGAUUGUUUUGUCGCUCAUUUUCUCAGAGUUGUUCCUCCCCUCAGGAGAUACCAAGACCUUCAACAAGGCAUUGAACAUAAUCGAGGCUGAUGAAAAAAUCCAAAAGCUAUUCGAAUUGAAGCCUGGCGAACGCCUUAAAGCCCAUGGCGAUGUCCAUGCCGGCCGCUGGGUGCGCAAUCGUCCUCCUCAAGCGGUCAAAAUUGUAGGCAAGGAUGGCGUGGAACGUAUGUUCAUGAAGUUCAUGGUCGAACUGCCCGAAAACAAAAAGCAAGGAAUCGUCACCUUGGAGCAAUUUGACAAAACCUGGUGGAGCUCUGAGUUCGCCUAUAUUGCCGUUGACAUCCCGGGGUACCGUAAAUACUACGUGAUCGAGCCUGCUUUUAUGAAAGCUGACACGCCUAAGGGCGCAGGAUUCUUGGGACUUAAUUGGGGGCCCAAGAAGGACUAG